CAGCGGUCAAAGUGCACGUUGUCUUCUAUAAAACUUGAAUACAUUCUGUCGUAUGAACGCCGCCUCGAUUCAUAAUGUAGCUGGCCUCCGCCGCGGUGGAUGCCAACUGUAAACAUCUGCCGAUAUUAUCGGACUUUUGUUAUUAAAAAUCGCGUGUGAAAUAUUAACCUCCUGAAGUCUCUGUAACGUGUGCUGUGCGCACUGUAAUAAGUUGAUGACAUUGACGUUCGUCAAGCGGGAAUUUCGAGUGAAGUUUUUUGAUGAAUGUAGUGUCCCGCGUCGGAUUUAGUGUUUGUUCUCGGAGUUUGUGGAGUGAAAGUUGCUUGAGAUGCGGUUAUGGAGUGGCAGUAAUGUUGCGGACAGUUCUGCUCGCCCUUGUGUGAUUGGCAAGACAUUGUACAUAGUUAAAUAAAACAAAAAUAAAUCACCAUGCCGUUCACAAUGAAAGAAGGUGGCUUCGGCACCGGCGACUAUGUGGCGUUCGGGCUGCUGUGUGCAGCGUCAUGCGCCGGCGGCGUGUGGUACAGCGCGUUGGGGUCAAGAAAGAGGACUCUGGUUGACAUCAAGGACUAUCUCCUGGGUGGCAAGGCCAUGAGCACGGGGCCAGUUGCCAUGUCACUAAUAGCCAGUUACGUAUCCGGAGUGACAAUCCUGGGCACGCCAGCGGAGAUCUACAACUAUGGCACGCAGUACUGGAUGGUGAUCAUCGGCGUGACGCUUAGCUGCGUGAUCGUGGCAGCAGUUUACCUACCAGUAUUUUGCACACUUAGGCUCUCGUCAUCGUAUGAAUACUUAGAGUUCAGAUUCAACCGUCACGUUCGGGCCGUAGCAUCAUUACUUUUCUUAUUGGACGAGGUAUUGUUCCUGCCUAUGGUCGUAUAUGUACCUGCAUUAGCAUUUAAUCAAUUGACGGGGUUCAACGUGUUUUACGUCGGCGGCCUCAUGGUUGCCAUUUGUGGGAUUUACACAGCAUUAGGCGGGCUAAGAGCAGUGGUAUGGACGGACUCGGUGCAGACUGGUGUGAUGUUCAUUGGCGUCAUUCUGGUGGCGGCGGCGGGCACAGUUGCCGUUGGCGGCUUCUUCUCAGUGUUGGAUGUGGCCACUCAGUCCGGAAGAGUGCAGCUCUCAAAUUGGAGCUUUUCUCCUUACGAGCGUCAGACGGGAUGGGGCGCCGUUUUCGGCGGCAUGAUCUACUGGACGUGUUUCAACUCCGUUAACCAGACCAUGGUGCAGCGGUACAUUGCGUUACCGUCUAAGCGGCAGGCCAUCUACGCUCUAGCCAUGUUCUGCUUUGGGGCCGUCCUAGCCAUAUCACUGUGCGUGUGGUGUGGCCUGGCCGCGUGGGCCGCGUGGAUUCAGGGCGGCUGCGACCCCGGCGGAGUGCCGCUGGUUGAUGACCGCCUGCUGCCAGCUUUUGUCACGUAUAUCAGCAAGCUGCAGCACCUGCCGGGGCUGGCUGGAGUGUUCUUAGCUGGUGUUUUCGGUGCCGGCUUGAGCUCGCUGUCGGCGGUACUGAACGCGUGCGCGCUGGUGGCAGUAGAAGACAUAAUGCGCGGCUGGUUACGCUGGCACCUGAAGCCCUUGCACGAAGGCAUCAUAGCGCGAGUGGUGACCGUCGUGCUCGCCAUAAUCUCUCUCAUCAUGCUGAUAGUCAUUGAGAAACUGGGUGGAGUGCUGGGAGUCGCAACAGCGCUCUCAGCGAUCGCCGCCAGCGCCACCUGCGGGAUUUUCACUCUCGGCAUGGCGUUCCCCUGGGUGGGUCCCCGGGGCGCCAUCGCGGGCGCCGUGGCGGGUGCCAUCGUGGCUGGAACCACGUCAAUGGGCAUCCAGGCCGCCUCGGCGCAGGGACUCAGGUCGCCACCCCUCAACUUCACUAUGGAGUGCAUUAGGAACUCGUCGUACGUGCCGCCUGAUGAUGUUUUGGAUCCAGAAACAAUAUUCCCCCUAUUCCGCAUCUCGUACCACUGGAUCGCGCCGCUCGGCCUCCUCACGACCCUGAUCGUCGGCGCCGUGAUGGGCUACCUGCUGGACAGCAAAGCAUCCAUCGUGAUGGACAGAGAGCUGUUCACGCCGGCCAUAUGGCGCUGCCUGCCGCCUGAGGCCCACGAGAGAGCCGGCGAGGUGCGCAGAGCUGCGAUGCUGGAUAAAGAUGUGGAGCCGGCGCCGAAUGCUCCGCUUAUAUUGACUCCUGUAGCAGCUAAGGUUGAAAUGAACGGGGAGGCCACGGCCGGCAGGUCCGGAAGAUGACCUGUGUUCUGAAACAUACAAGGUCUGAAUUAUAGCUACUUAUGACCACAAAAUACCCAAUAAGUAUACUUCACAUUAUCUUACUUGUGGGAAAAACUUUGAUGAAUCUAUAAGCAGUUUGUGAUUGUGACGGAGUAGGUACACACUAUUUAGGAAGAAACGCGUGCGUGUGCGAUGUGAUAUAUCUAUUUUGAUGUUUGUAUGAACAGUCAGGUGAUAUCUACAAACACUCAGGAUCAUAAUACAAGCGGUCUAGCACAAUUUUCCUUCUCAUGCACGAGUCAAUACAUCUAGUAGGCUUGUGCCGUUUCGUUCGUUGAUCUGAGCGCUCCGAUCUCGUUCAAUGGCUCCCACGAACUAGUUCGCUCUUUUAGGUCUUCUGCUCAUUUAGUUCAGCCAGACCAGCGACCACUGCGGUCGGAAAGAUCAGAAUGAAUGGGACCGAAUAGUGUCGAAAUUAUACGAAUAGUCCACAGAUAGUAACCGGACCGAAAUAGUAACAUUCCGGACCGAAAGGUUGUAAGUAACCGAAGUUAAAUAUGAAAACUAGACGUUUUUGUGUUGCUCUGCUAAGUAGCUCUCGCUCUCGGUCGGCGCAGUCACACACUCAUUCUCGAUCCAAACAGCUCGCACUCGCCAAUCUUAUACUGAACUAAAUGAGCAAAGACCGAUUCACAGAGCACGGAAAGAUUCAGUUAAUUUCGGUCAUUGAUGGGAUUUUAUUCCUAACAGUUCAUAGUUCGUGAACGACACAAGCCUAACAUCUAGCACGAUUUCAAGGCUUGACUUGCGAGCGAGAACGCAAGUUAUGCUAAACCGCCUGAUAAUUAGGUAGUGGUAUAAAAUUGGAUAAUGUGCUAUAAACAGUGCUAGGUACUGCCAACAUGCAAAAUAACCUUAAUGGACGGGGCCAAUGUAAAUGUUACAUAUUGAAUGCUGUAAAUUAUAGCAGUUACUCGUAUGACCGCUUGAAUGAAAUAAAGUGAUAAUUCGUGAUAACUGAUAAAUAUUGUAUAGUUCCUAGCAGGCAAGCAUGGUCGCGCGAUAAAUGAUAAAACAUUAGGCCGUCCUUAUCGCACUAUUUGUAAGUUCGACGGCCUGAUGUUUUAUCAUUUAUCGCGCGACCAUGCUUGCCUGCCUAGUGUUAUAAUUUAUAAAUAAUAAUCACUUCGCUCUUUAUUCAUAAAUAGGCUUCUUGAAGCGCGUUUAUGAAUAACGGGAAUAAAACACUAGGUAAGUAAGUAGGUAGGUAAAUAAACGACUACUUAUCAUAAUAGAAAAUCAGAACGAUGAAUAAUUUAUAGUAAUUAUAAUAUUCUAGAAGAGAUGUAGGGAACAAAUCAAAUUAUGUUAUUAAAUAUUUUUUGAUUUGUUUUUUUUUAAGUAGUGACACUACUA